AUGAAAUUCUCAAAAUUACUUGAUCAAGAGUCGGUACCGGAAUGGAAAAAAGUGUACAUUAACUAUAAAGAGCUCAAACACAUUCUCAAAGAUGUAGCGCAAUUGCAUGAAUUUGAAAAGAGCGAAGACCUAUACAACUACAAUAUGGCUCACAAAGAAGAUGUCAAGUCUCCUCCUUUAUUUGAUCAAUUUUCUAUACAAGAUGAUGCGACAAUGGAUGAUAUUGUACCAAAGAUGAACAAAUAUGAACAAAAGUUUUUCGCCAGUUUGGAUAAAGAGCUAUUAAAGAUAUGGGAAUUUUACGAAAAUAAUGAGGACUAUGCUAAGGAAAGAUUAAAAGAACUAAAUAAAGCAUACAGGCUGUUGAAGCAGGAGCACAAAGAGAAUGUAAUUAAAAGCGGAUCAAACGUAUUUAAACCGAUAAACAUUUUGAAUCACGGCGUGGAUCACCACCCUAGCAAAAAGUAUGAAGUCGAACAUGAUCAUGAAGUCAGAGUUAUCACUUCUGAAGGGCAAAGAAAACCUGUUCCUAUGAGUUACAAUGCAGCGAAGAGGAGAAUAAAAAUGGGAGUACUUGAAUUUUAUCGGGGAGUGCUAAUGCUAAAAAAAUAUGCCCAACUUAAUAAAACUGGGUUUGAGAAAAUACUUAAAAAGUUUGACAAGUCAUAUGAUUUUAUCGUAUGGCGGGUAGGGUUAUAUCUUGGUUUAGCAAUCGCUUUGUGCUUGCGUGGUUUACAACUAGCUUUAAAUAUGAUUAAAUUUGUUGAUACAAAUACAGAUGAAAAGUCUUGUUCUUUAAAGAACUCUGACUCAUUAACUGAUGAUGAGCAACAGAUUUUUUACAAGUUUUGCGACUGGAAUCUGUUACUUCAAAUAUACUUGGGUAUUUUUCUGCCAAUAAUGCUAACAUUGUUGGUGGGAAUAAAUGUGGUAGUAUGGUCAAAAUUAAAGAUAAACUAUAAACUUGUCUUUGAUUUUGAUAUCAGAGAUAAUGUAGACUAUCGGGAAUUUUGGGAAUUUCGUAUAUGUUUGCCGUUUGUCUACGGUGUCGAAUUUCGUGACUUUUUUAUAGCAGACGAAUUAUGUAGUUUAUCAUAUACCUUUUCUUUUCUUGGAACGAUUGUGUGCGCAAUUAAUAAUGAUGGAACGUCAACGAAUAGAGAGCAAUGCUUAUCAGAUACAAAUCCCUGGGCUGUCUUUAUAGGCAGCGUACCUGCUUUAUUGCGCUUUUUCCAGUGCUUGCAAAGGUGGGUUAAGACAGGAAAGGCACACCCUCAUUCAGUGAAUGCACUAAAAUAUAUUACCACAGUGAUACCUUUUUGGUUAAUUUAUGCUAAGAGGCUUGAAGUAUCACUUGUUUUUUGGUACAUAAUACACGUAUUUAACGUAAUUAUUGCAAUCUUCUGGGACUUGGUUAUGGAUUGGGCUCUCCUCCAAGUUUGGUACAUACCAAAUUACGGACUUCGAGAAGAUUUGGAAUAUAAACGUAAAUGGGUGUACUACUUUGCGAUAAUCUCAAAUAUUGUGAUGAGAUUUUCGUGGAUAUUCGUAGCAUUCUUUAAUAGUAAAUUAUUAGGCGGCGGCUUAGCGUUCAUGGAGAUGAUGCGCCGUUUUCAGUGGAAUUUUUUCCGUGUUGAAAAAGAGUUGGACAAGUCUAUCGACUGGGUUACGAUUUCAAUUAAACGAGAACUUCACCCCAGUACUAGAGCAGAAAUGUUGAGCAAGAUAUUUCAGUUGUCUCGUAGUAGUAGAUAUUCGUUGGGUUUUGACGGCAGCAAGCCGGACCCCUAA